AAAGAUGGAGUUUGCUUGAAUUUGGACAUGGUCUAAAUGAAGUGAUGUUAAAUCUGUGUCCUUUGGAUGCUGGAAGGGGAAACAGGUUUUCCUUACCUACAUUGAAAAAAAGCCUCAAUUUUGAACAUGUCGAUCAAACCCUUCUUUGGGUGGAGAGUGAAGAAACACAGCUUUUCUAGUUCCCACCCCUGUAAUUGAAUUCCAUUGUCUCUGGUCCCAUGUGGGUCAUCUCUUCGACACCUGCUGCAAGACAGUGAUGCCAAAAAUUGAAUGCGUAAUUCCAUGGGAGGACUGCCCAGUGCAUAAUAAGGUUUAACCACAUGCAAAUGGGAUGGCGAUGAAUGGAACAGUCUCAUUUGAAGCUGAGAUAACCAGCUGGGAAAGAGGGUGUUCGCCUCGCAAUCGAAUGGAGGCAUCGUGUCUUGAGCUUGCCCUUGAAGGGGAGCGACUAUGUAAAGCUGGCGAUUUCAAGGCUGGAGUAGCAUUCUUUGAAGCAGCCGUGCAGGUUGGGACAGAGGACCUGAAGACUUUGAGCGCCAUCUACAGUCAACUGGGCAACGCAUACUUUUACCUGAAGGAGUAUUCCAAAGCUCUGGAAUACCACAAACAUGACCUAACACUAGCCAGGACCAUUGGGGAUCGGAUUGGUGAAGCAAAAGCUAGUGGAAACCUUGGAAAUACACUGAAAGUACUUGGAAGCUUUGAUGAAGCAAUUGCUUGCUGCCAAAGGCACUUGGAUAUCUCAAGAGAACAGAAGGAUAAGGUUGGUGAAGCCCGAGCACAGUACAACAUUGGGAAUGUUUUCCAUGCCAAAGGGAAACAGCUGUCCUGGCUCAUGGCCCAUGCCUCUGGAGACCUGCCGUCUGAAGUAAAGGAAACUUUAGAGAAGGCCACCGAGUACUACGAGAUGAAUCUUAAAAUUGUUCAAGAAUUAGGUGAUCGGGCAGCUCAAGGCCGAGCCUAUGGUAACCUCGGUAACACGCAUUACCUUUUAGGGAACUACAAUGACGCAAUAGCAUUUCACAAAGAGCGUCUUUCAAUAGCAAAAGAAUUUGGGGAUAAAGCAGCUGAGAGAAGAGCUUACAGUAACCUCGGAAACGCGCACAUAUUUUUGGGAAAAUUUGACAUGGCUGCCGAAUAUUACAAGAAAACACUUCAGAUAUCCAGACAGCUCAAGGACCAAGCUGUCGAAGCUCAGACUUGUUACAGCCUUGGUAACACUUACACACUGCUGCAGGACUAUGAGAAAGCCAUUGACUACCACCUCAAACAUCUCUCAAUUGCCCAGGAACUUAAUGACAGAGUUGGUGAAGGGAGAGCCUGCUGGAGCCUAGGAAACGCCUAUGUGUCCCUCGGAAACCAUGAGCAAGGACUGCAGUUCGCUUCACGACAUCUGGAAAUCUCCAGAGAGAUCGGUGAUCGAAAUGGUGAAUUAACAGCCCACUUGAAUGUUGCACAGCUGCAGUCAGUGCUCGGCAUGACCUCAACUCAGCAAGACAGGCAGUCUGCUCUCUACCAUACUGACUAUGAAGCACAAGGUGCACGCCCAAGAAUAGUGUCUCAACACAGCACAGAGAACAUGAAUGUGGCCAGGUUUUCUCCUGAGAAGGACCAAAAUGGAGACGUAGUUAGUGAACAUCAUUCCACUGACAUCAAGAAUGCAACAAAAAUGCCCUGGGCCGCAUACCAAAGGACCAAAAAGUAUCAGGAGAGCCAGGCAAGCUCUGAAGGCAAGCAAGGCAGCAAUGCGUCUUCAGCGUUGGACACCAGUGAUGUUCGAGUUCAAGUGGCUCCAAUGAAAGUAAACAGAGAUACUUCAGAUGAAGAAUGCUUCUUUGAUCUACUGAGCCGUUUCCAAAGUAAUCGUAUGGAUGAUCAGCGUUGUACAUUUGAAGAACGUCAAAAUGGCACGGCAGGGAGUACAUCACCCCCUGUGUCUCCCCUGCGGGACAGAAUAUCUCAGGCUUCACUGAUUGCAUCCCCACAGACAGAGGAAUUUUUUGACUUGAUAGCCAGUUCUCAGAGCCGCAGGUUAGACGAUCAGCGAGCCAGCGUGGGCAACUUGCCUGGACUGAGGAUCACGCAUAACAACAGCCAGAUGGUGAUGGGACAUCUGCGACCUGAUGGAGAUCCUCAGGAACCCGGAGAUGAAUUUUUCAACAUGUUAAUGAAAUGUCAGUCAUCCAGGAUAGACGAUCAGAGAUGUGCCCCUCCCAGCCCAGGGCCAAGAGGACCCACUGUCCCUGAUGAGGACUUCUUUAGCCUAAUCCAGCGAGUGCAAGCCAAGCGCAUGGAUGAGCAGCGUGUCGACCUUCCUUCGAACCGUGAAGGUCUGGAACAGACCAGACCAAGUUCCAGCUGAGCAUUGCUUCGCCAAUAGACUUGUAAACAAGCCGGACUAAUUGUGCAGAUCUGUGUGCCUGCUAACACUGAGCAGCAACUGAGGCUGAAAGCUGCCCGAAUGACCCCUCGAGAGACCACGAUGCAGCUUCGAAAGAGUUGCCAAGGAGGUGAUUUGCUUCUCUUUGAACUAAUACUCCUCACACCCAACACACCAAAAUAGGAGCAUUUUUUCCCAAGUCGUACAAAAAUCAUACCUACAGGAGAUAGAGCGACACAAGCACAGUGUUUGGUUAUUGUUUAAAGUAAUGGUAUUGAAUGAAUGUAAAACAGCUGGUACUAUAAAAAAUAAUCUGAAGUCACAUACUGAUACCACAUAUACAAGUCACUCAUAACACACGUAGUACAGACAAAUCUAAGAUCACAGGCGUAUAUACAGAAACACUAGAGACACUUGGAGAAUAAUUUCCUUUGAUGAUCCACAGUGCAAUCUUAGGUGAAUAUGUUGUUUACUAUCUUAUUGAAUGAGUCUGGUUGCCAUUAGUUUCUUUGGGGAGGUUUAAAUUAAAAAAUAAAGAAUUUAAAAUUCCAAAGAAUCUUAAGAUCAAACCAUUUGGAAAUUUUUGGGGAUGAGUACGGCCCUUCUUAUUUCCUGGAUUUUGAGUGCUAUCUCGCACUACUUCCUGCUGUUUGCAAAAGGCCAAAAUGCAGAUUAUGUAUUUCAUUAUACAGGCUGAUGCAGCCAUAUUUCACAUGGAUCAAUCUUAAAAGGAUGUGGACAGCACCACAGAAGUUUUAACUGGAGAAAUCUGAAUGCGUAGCCAAUUUCAUUCAGAAACAGGAGGUGCUUGUUCAUUAAUGGUACUGCAGAGGGUCGCAUGCUUAAAUCAAAAGGGACAUUAAGUUAAUUGAAGAUUUCCACACUUGAUCAGGCGAGGAAUAAAUAACAAUGGGGUACUAAUAGAAAUGAAACUUCAGUUUCUGCAGUAGGAUGCUGGGAUGCAACUGCUAAACAAUUUCAUAUGGAAUUCCUUCCUCUGCUGUUGUAAAAAGAACUAUUUCAAAGAAUACAGGCUGACGACACCUGAAAUACUGGACUAAGCAGCUUAAUACAAAGAGGCUGCAUUUCACAAUGUGUACAACUUAAACAUAACUAAAACUUGAAAUGUAAUGUUUGCCAUUUAUUGUUUAAUGAUCAUUCUUCUAUCUUUCCACAAACCUUUUUUUAAAAAGUGUAAAUAAGAACCACAAGGGAACUACUCUAAAGCAGUCCUAAAUUAUUUGUAAGCUCUUUAAACAUGGUGACUCCCUGCAAUUUUCUAAUAACAGAACCUAAAUUGAGAGAAAUGGUGGAAUAUACAGCCUGUACAAUUACAUAUGCUCAUGGUUUCAAUUUUCCAACUCCUUUCUUCCAAACCUAAAUUUUGCUUUUGUUUGAAAGACCGCAUCUUCCUGCUUCAUCAUCAGUUCCCUACAUCUUAUACAAAGAAACAAACUAGAAACAGAAAAAGGUCAUUUGUCCAAAGCCUGCUCCAUCAUCCUUCUAUAAAUACAGUCAUGGCUGAUGAUAUUGUGGCUUCAACUUCACGUUCUCUGCUACACCUGACAAUGGCACAUUGUCAGUGUUAGUCAUAAGCUGUUUAAACUGUAAGGGACUCUGCAUUUAGUGUGAUUCUUUAAAUGGUUCCAUUGAAAUAAAGUUUCCAAGUCACUAUUUAUAAUCCAGGUGCUUUGUAUAAUUAACUUUUUAAAAGUAGCUUUAUAAAAUCAAGCCAGUAAAACAAGGCUACAUCCUGGGGAGUCCCAAACUAAGUAUUUCCCCCCACGCCACCCACCAAAUCAGGUGCCACUGCACUAUUCCGAAAAAAGCAGGUAAGUUCUGACUGACAUAUAACCCCCCCCCCAACUAACAUUAGAACAGAUUAGGAACAAAAAGGAUCUGUCCAUUUAUCCCUUCAUGUCUGUUUGCAUACUCAUAGUCAAUCUGCAGCCUUAUUCCACGUACCUACCUUUUGUCCCACAUCCUUUAAUAGCUUUUGUUAAAAGUCCAUCAGUCUCUAUUUUAACAAUUGGUCCAUCAUCUAAUCACAAAGGAUGCUACGUAAAUGUGAGUUCUUAUCCUUCAGCUUUUUAUUGUUUCAGUUAUUUCUGCAGAAUGUGUGUACAGGUGGGAGGAAGAUGUGUGUAUGUGUCUAGUCUGCUGAUAUAACGUGCUUCUGUACUAAUCAUUAUUUUUGAAUAUUGUGAGAGAGAGAGACAUAAAUAACCUCUGGUACAGAAUUUCCUUUUGCAGCGUUUGUAAUGUUUGUGUUUUCUAUGCAUAUAAAUAAAGUGGUGCCCUACUCACUACUGUGACAACAGUAGAUCAAAAGAAGUACAAAAAAAAGUUAGUUAUUUUCGCUAGCUUAAAAAAAUUCAGUUAUUUUAUGGUGUAAAUUUUUUUUAGAAAUGCUCAUGUAGACUUUGACAUCGAGCUGCAGUUCCAAGGUGUAUUUUAUGCUGUCCCUUGUAAUAAUUCAAACAUUAAAACCCUGUUCAGUACAUUAUUUUUUUCAAACACUGCCAGUACAUAAUGCUUUGAUUUUAAAAAGUGUUUUAAAAAAAAAUUCAAACCUUUCUGUAAAUAAGAGCCUCAUUUUACCUAAGAGAUGCAAGUCAAGUGGACUGCAAUGUAUUAAAUUUUACACAAGGUUAUAAUAAAAAUACAAACUGCGUACCAACUUC